UGUUACAUUAAUUAUUAUUAUUAUUUACAUUAAUUGGUAUUUAAUGCAUUGAACCGGUUUUUGUCCAAGAACGGUCACAUUAGCCAAGGGCCAAAUUCAAAAGCAAAAGAGAAAAACCAAAAAGCGCAAAGUCAACAGAAAAGAAAAGAGUAAGAAACCAAAUGAUAUCGGAAAAUUCACAGGCAGCACCACGUGGUUUGUGACACUUAUGGAGCGGAGGAUGAAUCUAUCGUUCGCCGGCUGCGGCUUCUUGGGCAUCUACCACGUGGGCGUGGCCGUGUGCCUCAAGAAGCACGCCCCCCAACUGCUCCUGGAGCGGAUUGGGGGUGCCUCGGCCGGGGCCCUAGCCGCCUGCUGCCUGCUCUGCGACCUGCCCAUUGAGACAAUGGCCGCCGACUUCCUGCGGGUGGUGGGCGAAGCGCGUCGACACCCGCUGGGCCCGUUUAGCCCGUGGUUCAACCUGCAGAGAUGCCUACUUGAGGGGAUGCAGCGUGAACUGCCCGAAGACGCGCACCGGAGGGUGAGCGGGCGGCUGCGCAUCUCACUGACGCGUGUGCGGGACCGGUGCAAUGUGGUGAUGUCAGAGUUCGGGUCGCGCCAGGAGCUACUGCAGGCCCUGCUCUGCUCCUGCUUUAUUCCGGGCCUCUCUGGACUGAUACCGCCGCAGGUGCGGGGCGUCCGCUACAUGGACGGCGCCUUCUCGGACAACCUGCCGCUGCUGGACGAGGACACGGUUACGGUGAGUCCCUUCUGCGGGGAGAGCGACAUCUGUCCGCGGGACCGCAGCUCGCACCUGUUCCACCUGAACAUUAACUGGGCCAAUACUUGCAUCCGAAUCUCGCGGCCCAAUCUGCGGCGUAUGUUGCGCAUCGUACUACCGGGCCGGGCCGAGUUCCUCUCUUCCUUCUGCCAACAGGGCUACGACGACGCCCUAUAUUUCCUCAACCGCAACAAUCUCAUCGGACGCCUGCAGAAGUGGGACCAGUGCCAAGAGCACCUCCUGCCGCAAGCGGUGCGCGACACCAUCGACGGCUACGGCUACAUGGAGCAGGCCAACAAGGAGCUCGGUCAGUGGCUCUCACAUCCACAGUCGGGCAUUCAGCUAUUCUGCCUGCCCUCCGCCCUGAUCACCGCUGCCGCUAGACUCGCUCCGCCGCUGGCAAGGCAAGUCGUCCGAAUGAUCGGGCGGCGCCUCAGCCAGUCGCUGACGUUAUGCGAGCAGCCGCACUUUGAUCUAGGCCUGCUGAUGAUGCACUGCAGCUCUGUAGCUCCGCUGCCGCCGCCGCCACCGCUGCCUCGGACACGACAUUCUAUUGAUAACGUUGACGCCGAUGGAAUCAAGGUUCCACAAAUAUUGGACUCUGGGAAAGGGGAGGAGAAUGACGGUCACUGCGAUCGUGUAAGCUCUGGCUCUGCCUCUGCCGCACCACUACCCCCGCCCGACACAGCCCUCGCCAGGCCAGACUAAGACGCCACCCGAUUUAUCAGUGGUCGACAAUCUCUAUCGGGGUCAACUGUGCUUCAAUUUGAUUUCGCAAGUUUUGUUGUUUUAUAUUUAUAUUUUCUGUGAUUAUCCCGUUUCAAGAAUCCCUCCCCUCUCUUAUCUGGUACAAAGAGCAAAUGUGUGCAAGUAAAUGCUGCCAUCUAUUUCACUUUAGGUGCCAAAACUGCUAGCUGCUGGCUGCUUGCUCUGAAAAUGCUUUGCUAUGAUAGUUGUAUGUGUGUCUCAUAUGUACAUAUGUAUAUACUAAAUAAAAUUUGUAUUGAUUCUCAA